CUAUUAUAAUCUUAUAAUUUAGUACUAAUAUUGUUGUUUGUUUCAGGUAAGAAUUACCAAGAAAAUCUACAGACAUACCCGGCUUUCUCUUCACAUGACCGGAGCUGAUAAGGUCGAAACUAGCAACGAGAAACGUAGAACAUUCAAGUCAGCUGAUUGUGUUGUGUAUUUAUAAAAUGGGCGUCGAUAUCACUGGUAUUUUGCCCACUUUAUACGAACAUUUCACCUCCCAAGGCAUUGAAAGUGGCUUAAGUGACGCGCAGAGUGAUUUUAAAUUGAAUUCUAAACCGCUUAAAAUCUUCAGUGGCGCCCUACAUUAUUUUAGAGCACAUCCGCUCUAUUGGCGCGAUAGGCUCAAAAAAUAUCGCGCUGCCGGUUUGAACUGUGUGGAAACGUACGUGCCCUGGAACAUUCACGAGCCUGAAGAUGGCAGUUUCGAUUUUGGAGAAGACCCCGAUAGAAACGAUUUCAGUUUGUUUCUCGACUUGGUGCAAUUUCUUAAAAUCGCCCAAGAAGAAGAUUUAUUCGUCAUUUUGAGACCAGGACCAUAUAUUUGUGCCGAAUGGGAAUUUGGAGGACUUCCUAGCUGGUUGUUGCGCCAUGAAGACUUGAAAGUGAGAACGUCGGACUCAAAAUUUCUUUUCUACGUUGAAAGAUAUUUUAAGCAAUUACUUGCAUUAGUGGAACCGUUACAAUUUACUAAAGGUGGCUCAAUUAUUGCCGUGCAAAUCGAAAAUGAGUAUGGAAAUGUGAAGGAAGAUGACAAACCGAUAGAUAUCGCUUAUUUGGAAGCUUUGAAAGAUAUAAUAAAGAAAAAUGCAAUUGUUGAAUUAUUGUUUACGUCGGAUACUCCAACUCAAGGGUUCCACGGUGCUCUGCCAGGUGUUUUGGCUACAGCAAAUUGUGACAAGGACUGUGGCCUGGAACUAGCUCGACUUGAAUCUUAUCAGCCGACCAAACCUUUAAUGGUAAUGGAAUAUUGGACUGGCUGGUUUGAUCACUAUUCAGAAAAACACCAUAUUCAAACUGUGGAACAAUUCUAUGCAAAUUUGUCGGAUAUUCUGAUGGGGCAUGCUUCAUUCAAUUUAUACAUGAUGCAUGGAGGUACCAACUGGGGCUUUCUAAAUGGUGCUAAUAUUUGUGGUGCCACCGACAAUAACUCAGGGUUCCAGCCAGAUACUUCCAGUUAUGAUUACCAUGCACCUCUAGCAGAAAACGGCGAUUAUACUGAUAAAUACGUACAACUUCAGCAAUUAACUGCUGAGUACAAUGAACUUUGCAUUAGUCAACCGGCUCCUCCUGAGCCCACAUUUAGAGAAAUCUAUCCGGAAAUAGACAUCAUCGGCGAACUCAGUCUAGAUGACUUAAUAAAGCAGGCCCAACAUGUUAUUCAGAGUGAGAAAUUAUUGCCUAUGGAAAAGCUUGAUAUCAAUAACAACAGCGGACAGAGCUACGGGUAUAUCGUAUACAGAAAGGAGAAUAUUGAUAUUCAAGCUGGAUCCACAUUGAAAAUUGAAGGCCAUGUUUGUGACACUGUGAUAGUCCUGAUUAAUGGCAAGUUGGUGUCGAAUGUGUUUAACAGUGAAGAAGAUCUCAACGGAUUUGGCUACUGGAGAGCAAAAGACUCAUUGCUAAACUUGGGCUCAGAAAACUACCAGUCAGCUACGUUAGAUUUGGUAGUUGAAAACUUUGGCAGAGUAAAUUAUGGGAAAUUGUACCAGUUUAAUCAACACAAGGGGCUUUGGCAGGGCAAUGUCCUAAUUAACGACCGAAUCGUAUCUGAUUGGAAAAUAAUUCCACUAGAAUUUAAAAAGAAGUGGAAUCAGACUUUAACUGAUUGGAAAACUCCUACUUUUCUCAACGGUCCUCGGUUAUAUCGAGCGGUGUUGACCAUUGAUUCGGAACCACAAGACACCUACAUAGAUUUCAAAGGAUGGAACAAGGGUGUCGUUAUAGUCAAUGGAUUUGUUUUAUCUAGGUAUUUCAAAAUCGGGCCGCAACAAUCGGCAUUUUUACCCGCUCCGUUUUUAAAGGAAGGUGACAAUGAAAUUUUGAUGUUUGAACAUUUCGUUCCCGGCACUUUCAUCGACUUUUGUGGAAAUCCAUAUUUUCAAACUAUGGGCGAUGGCCGAAUUUUGCGAACAUUAUUGUGUUGAUUCUAAAGUUUAUUUUAAUGUUCUCUUCAUUUUAUUUCGUCCGUUAUAAUUGACCAAACACUAUACUGGACUAUGUUGUAUAAAUAUAUUUUACCCAUUUUAA